AUGAAGUUCGCCAUUGUGUUUGCCGCCGUACUCGCCGUUGUCCUCGCUGCUCCCGCCGACGAACGGGACGCUCAGGUGCUGAAGUACGAGAACGAUAACCUGGGAGUCGAUGGAUACAACUUCCAGUACGAAACCAGCAACAACAUUAACCGUGCCGAGACGGCCGAACUGAAGAACUUCGGAGAUGAUGUUGCGGCCCUGGUCGUCCGUGGCUCGUACUCGUACACCGGUCCGGACGGACAGGUCUACACCGUGAACUACGUCGCCGACGAGAACGGAUUCCAGCCGGAGGCUCCUCAUAUCCCACGCCUGUAA